AUGUGGAGAUCAGAGAAAGAGAUCCACUCAAUGAUAUUGCGGGUUGCAACACAACUUAGUACUGAGGCGGCUGAUGAGAAAGACCUUAUGCAAGUGAUACUCAAGGGAGCCAAAAAUUAUGGUGAUGCUGAUAGCCUAUUUUCAGGUAUCUCCCGAGAGAAGUUCAUAGUGGAUAAUUGCAAGAGUAUAUACUUAGCUGGCCACGAGACCACUGCCGUCACAGCAUCAUGGAGCUUGAUGUUACUAGCUGCAAAUCCAGAGUGGCAAGCUUGUACCCGUUUGCAUGGAUCGCAUUCCAGAUGCUGA